AAAUAGCUGUGCAUGCAUGCCGUACAAUAAUGGCGGAUGCUGAUCGACAAAGGCUGUGAUAUAUACAUUCAUCAUGGAGGAUGUGCCCGCUACAACAAGGAAAGCGUCUCCAGCGGCGGCGGGAGCCGGCCGAUCCGCGACGGGAAAUGAUCAUCACGACUUUCUUAAUAUAGUAAUCCAACAAGAAGGUGCUGGCCCACCAUCAACCACCACCAGCACAAAGGAGUGGUUAAAAUACCUGAUGAACGGCGAUCACGAAGGCGACGCAGCAGCGCCGGAAAAUGUCCCAUGCAGGACCCGAAUUCAGAGAGUUCCCAAAAUGCUUCGCGAGGUGAAAGCCAACAGAAAAUGCUUCUCUCCCGGCGUCGUCUCCUUUGGCCCUUUCCACAGUGACAAAGAACUCCAAGUAACGGAGAAGACCAAAAUGAAAUGGGCGCGACAUUUCAUCUCCCGCAGCAGUACGACAAACGUCGACGAGUUCUACGCGAGCGUAGAAAAGACAGCCAAAACCACCAGACACUGCUACGAGCACGGCUCCACCGACCCCUUCGACGACGACGCCUUUUCCCGGAUGAUGUUCCUCGACGGCUGCUUCAUUCUCCAGUUCGUUGACUGCUGCGCCGGCGAGACGGGCGAUGACAUGAACAUGAAGAGCCACGACGUCGCUUUCGUCACUCGCGACCUGUUCUUGCUGGAAAACCAGAUCCCCUUCGAGGUGCUCAAGUGUUUGAUGAUCUUGAGAUACGGAGGUUUCGCAGAAGGAAUGCCGAUCCUGCAGAAGUUCAUUAAACAGCGGUUUCAGGUGGAACCGAUGAGCCACCCGGUCGACCCGCUCCACCUGCUCGACCUUUUGCGCACGAACCUCCUCGGUACGGAGGGCCCGCCGAAGGUGAAAUUGGCUGUGAAGGGAAGCCGGCGGUCCUUCCGAUCCGCAUCGGAGCUCAAAUCGAAGGGGAUCCACUUCCGGCGGAGCAAAACGGCGUGCUUGAAGGACGUGAACUUCAAAGGGAAUUACCUCUACGGGCUGCUGUGGCUUCCGGCGAUCGUGGUGGACGAUUCUACCAAGUCCACGUUCCUGAAUUUGAUAGCUUACGAGACCUGCCCCGACGCUCCGGACGACUCGGGCGUCACCUCCUACAUCGUGUUCAUGGAUUCGCUGAUCGACCAUGCCCGGGACGUGGAGGAGCUGCGGUCGCGGAACAUACUGGUGAACUUUCUGGGGAGCGACGAGGAGGUGGCGACGCUGUUCAAUGAGAUCGCAACGGACUUGGUGCCGAACAUGAAGACUUACGAUUACGUUAGUUCGCAUAUCGGAACGUACUACAGCCAGAAGUGGAAGUCGUGGACGGCGCAGGUGCUGCACGAUCACUUUAGCAGCCCUUGGACGGCCAUUGCAUUUUUGGCGGGGAUGCUUGCCAUCUCCCUGAGUGUGAUUCAGACGUACUAUACGAUCUCUCCUUCCCCGGACUGCACGGAUACUAUUUGUGAGCUUAUCAGGAAUAAUACCAUUAAACUAUCUCAAUCUUGAGUUUGGAUAUAUGAUAGAGUUAGAGAGUGGAAUUAACUAAGAGAUCGAGUGUGAGUGGGUUAUUUUCUAGAGAGGCUAAGGGGAGGCUGCUGCACCAUUAUCUUUCUUUUGUUCCAUUCGAGGGGAAAGUGCGCAAGGUUCCUGUUUUUUUUUUUGGGCGAGUUUUGCAUUAGCUAAAUAAAGGUGCCGACACUUUCUUGGUUUUUCUAUAUUUGGGGGAGAUUAAGAAUUAACCCACGCCAUUUUAUUUCUGACUGGUGUGAAAGUUUUUUGUUCCAUUCAAGGAGAUAGUGUGAAAGGUCUUGUCUUGUUUUGUCUUUUUUUUUUUUUCCCUCUAUGUAGUUUAAUUUUGUUUUUUGGGUGAGUUUUGCAUUAUCUAAAUAAAGGGUGCGACACUUUUUUU